AUGUCUGCCCUGGCAGCCAAUGGUGCCCAUCGCAUAUACAUUGUCGGCCGCCGCGAAGACGUACUCCGCUCAGCUGCAGAAAGCAUCAACCCCGAAAUCGUGAUCCCACUGCCCGGCGACGUCACAUGCCGCGAGUCUCUCCUCGGGAUCGCAAAGCAGGUAGAGGCCGAAACCGGCUACAUCAACCUUCUCAUCUGCAAUGCCGGAAUAAUGGGUCCCAAGCCGCUCAAAGCAGCACCGGGUGCCCUUUUGGCGUCGCUCUCAGAAUACAGAGCACACGCCCUCGAGACGCCCAUGGAGGAAUUUACAAACGUAUAUGCGGUGAAUACCACAGCUAUAUACUACACUACUCUCGCCUUUCUCUCCCUACUCGACGCCGGAAACAACAAGAACAACAUGGGCGCAGACGUCGGCUCCCAAGUCAUAACGACAUCGAGUAUCGGCGGCUUCUCGCGCUUGCCCGGUGCCUCGUUCGCCUACAACAGCAGCAAAGCAGCCGUUACGCACAUGACGAAGAUGCUUGCUACAUCGUUUGUUCCGUACGGCAUUCGCUGCAAUGUGCUUGCGCCCGGUAUCUUUCCCUCUGAGCUUGCAAUGGGGAUUAUUGGGGCGCUGGACCCAGGGAAGACUGGAGAGAUGGAUAGGAAUAUUGUACCGGCAGGAAGAGCGGGGAGGGAAGAGGAUAUUGCGGGUGCGGUACUCUGGAUGGCGAGUCGGGCAGGGAGUUAUUUGAAUGGGAGUGUGGUUGUGGUCGACGGGGGGAGAUUGGGCAUGUUGACGUCUACAUAUUGA